AUGCCCCAAAAAGCAUUGAAGGUAAAACAAAAGGUGAAGGAUCCUCGUCGUGUCACCAAGAGACAAAAGAACCUUCGAAAAGGUGCUCCUUUGCAAAUUAAGUCGAAGAAGAAAUCUUUGGAACAUCUGAAGAAGUUAAAUAGGACAGCUUCUUUGACUGAAUCCACUGAGAGACUGAUUGCUAGUAAAGUGGGACAUUUGGAACUUUUGAAGGGAACGAGAAGAGAGUUGGAGAAAGGCAAAGGUAAGAAAUGA